AUGACUGAUCUUUUAGCUCACGUAGUCGAGCAUCAGGGCCAAAACCCUGCUCCUGAACCUGGAAACCCUGGUAACCAUAUAGAGGGGGAAGAUAGGGCCCUCCAACGAUUUUCGAAGUUCUCCCCACCGAAAUUCCUUGGAGGACCAGACCUUGAUGUGGCUGAGUGGUGGCUAGAGAAGAUGAUUGAUAUUUUUACGGCGUUGCACUGUACGGAGGAAAGACAAGUGACAUUUGCUGUCUUCCAACUGGAGGGAGCAGCCCGUUCUUGGUUGUCGAAGUUCGCUUCCGAGCUGAUUGUGACUGAGCAAAGGAGGAUAAGGCGUAUUGUCCAGGGCUUAAAUGUUGAGAUUCAGAAGGAUCUGGCUGUAGCCCAACUGAGUGACUUCAGUGACGCGGUGGAAAAAGCUCAACGAGUUGAAAGCACGAGGUUGCAAGUUAGAACCUUUCAGGCGAAGAAAAGAGCUAUUCUUGGAAGUAGCAUGGGACAAGAUGAUACGAGUACACCUCCUAAGCUCGGAAAGGGAACUGGAGGGUUAAGAUUUCCUGGAAUGUCAAGUGAUGCUUCACAAAGAGGCUCGAGCUCUGCUUCCCAUGGUCCCUGCGGGUACUGUGCAAAGCCGAAUCACAUGGAGGAUGUCUGCUGGAAAAAAGGAAGAAAAUGUCUACGUUGCGGGAGUUCAGAUCAUCAAAUCGCUAAUUACCCAGGCAGAUCUCGAGAAGGGAGUAAGAAUCGACAAUCAACCAAGACCAAUUCUAACCAGUCGAAGGGGAAAGGGACUGGACCGAAGGUGUCGACUCGGGUGUAUUCCCUAGAGUCACAUCAAGCCCCUGACCCGUCUAAGGACGUAGAAGGUACGAUCCGCCAUUUAUGUUAG